AUGCCGCAAUUUGAAGACAUGUCAAACGAACUUAUCCUUUGUGUUUGGGAUCAGUUAACAGCUGCAGAUGUCAUAUACAGUUUCUCGCAUCUUAAUACUCGUAUUAAUUCGUUGUUGUUAGAAUUUUGUGAACUUUACAAACAAUUGGAUUUACGUUAUUGUUCAUUAUCAGCUUGUCGAUUCCUUUGUCAUCAAGUACCAACGAUGAUUGAAUGGCGUCUUGGUCUUACUGUUCUUAAAUUAGGCAAUCGUUAUCGAUGUUUUCAAAUGGAUAUGUUUGCAGACGAAGUAGCAAAAUCAAUCGUCGCAAGUCAUUUUGCAAGGGAAGGAAAAUCAUGUAAUAAUGUACCUAAAAAUAUCUUCCGUGUCUUAAUGACAUACAACAAGCAAAUACAACCAAUAUUUCCUCAAUUGGUUUCUCUCGUUGUUUUCCAAUUUAUAUCGAUUAACGAAGAUUCCAGAGACAAACUAUUAUUUGCUAUAGCUCGUGGAUCAUCAAUGCGUACAUUUACUUGGAAUACUUGUUCUAAUCAAACUCAUCAUUCAAGAGCUUUGUUUGAUUGGUUAUUUCGAUGUUCGGUUAAUCUCGUUAGUUAUAAACUACAAACUCCACCGCGUGAAAACGGUUUCGAACUCAAAUACGAAUAUACAAUCGUUAAUGCCUAUGUUCCUCAUCGUUCUCUCAUCUAUCUUAAAAUCAGCAUUCUCAACUUAAAUACACUUUAUGUACUUCUUCAUUAUCUUCCUCAACUUAAACAUUUAGGUAAUAAACCAGAAUUCUAUACUCUGAAAAUAUUUAUUAUACAUGAAAAUUUUGCAAAUUUAUCGUAUUUCAAAAAAUCUUUUCAAAGGAGAAACAAUUAA